AAUUAGCAGAGGAUUGCCCUUGCCAGGAAUUUGAGUCCUGUCCUCUGAUGCGUUCUAGUUCGGAGCUGGUGGGAGGGGAUGUGGAGUCCACAGCGCCCCCUCGCCCGGGGCGGGGUGGAGAGACGGAAGCGAGGUGAAGACCAGAAUCACCCGGGUACCAAACUCGAAACUCCAGGAAUAAGUUUAACAUCUAUCCGUCUACAAAUCCAGUCAGCCUGGGGCCCCGCCGGCCCCCUUCCCAGCCAGCUUUCGCAGGCGCUGCGCCUCCAAUCAGGAGGGAUUUAGAAGCCCAGAGCUGCCGGCCGCGGAUACUGCUAAUGCCUAGGCCGGGGGAGAAAGCGGGUUAGGAUCAGAUCCCGCUGCACAGAGGACCCAGGAGCCAACCCGCCCUCGGUGUUCGGAGCGGCGGGGGCGCGCUGCGUGCUGCGCCUGGGCCGCCCGCGGCGGCGGCGUGGGCGCCGUGAUGCAGGUGUGACAGCCGCGGACUCCUGCCUCCGCCGGGAUCGCCCCAGCGCCGCGGUGGCCGGAGCUGCGGGCCGGGCCGCCAGCGCCCACGCUGCUCCGCCCGCACCCGCCCCCGCACCCGCCCCCGCCCGCGGAUUUCCCACCCAGGGCAUAACAUUCAACAGCAGAACAAAUCAGUCCUGCUAGCAAGCUACCAAGUCCUGUGGGCUCCUUGUCAAGGAAAAUAGCUGGCCCCAUUUCUAAUCAACAUCUCCCCACAAAACUCUGCUGGGUCACUGAAGGAGACCAGACCAGAAUUUGGAACUUUCCAAAGACUUCCAAUAGAUAUUGAACGUGAAAAGAUACUUACAUUGUCUUUGCAUCAGUCUGCUCUGUUUGGGAGUCAAGGGGGAGAAUUGCCCAAGAAGUCACACAGACAGAUUCUACCUUUAACGCCUCUGUACAUAUAAUGGAUGAUGGUUAUCGAAACAACCCAAACCUCUACCACGGUGCAAGAGAUAUAGCUCGAGAGGCGACCCGGCAGUCCCGGACCCAAGGGAUGGAUGACUACAAGUAUCAGGACAACUAUGAGGGGUAUGCCGCCAGUGACGGCUAUUACCGUGGCAACGAGUCCAACCCAGAGGAGGACGCACAGAGUGAUGUUACAGAAGGCCAUGAUGAGGAUGAUGAGAUCUAUGAGGGCGAGUACCAGGGCAUCCCUCAUCCAGAUGAUGUCAAGGCCAAGCAAGUCAAGAUGGUGCCCUCCAGGGCAGAUGGCCUUCGGGGCCAGGCUGACUUGAUGGCGGAGAGGAUGGAGGAUGAGGAGCAGUUGGCCCACCAGUAUGAGAACAUCAUUGAUGAGUGCGGCCAUGGGCGUUUCCAGUGGAUCCUUUUUUUCGUCUUGGGUUUGGCUCUGAUGGCUGAUGGAGUGGAGGUGUUCGUGGUGAGUUUUGUCCUGCCUAGUGCAGAGAAGGACAUGUGUCUGUCCAGUUCCAAAAAAGGAAUGCUUGGGCUGAUAGUCUACCUAGGAAUGAUGGCUGGGGCCUUCGUCCUGGGGGGCCUGGCUGAUAAGCUGGGGAGGAAGAGAGUCCUCAGUAUGUCUCUGGCCCUCAACGCCUCCUUCGCCUCUCUUUCCUCCUUCGUGCAGGGAUACGGAGCCUUCCUCUUCUGCCGACUCCUCUCAGGCAUAGGGAUUGGGGGUUCCCUGCCCAUUGUUUUUGCCUAUUUUUCUGAAUUCUUAUCUCGGGAGAAGCGAGGAGAACACCUUAGUUGGCUGGGCAUCUUCUGGAUGACGGGGGGUAUCUACGCGUCUGCCAUGGCCUGGACCAUCAUUCCACACUAUGGCUGGGGCUUCAGCAUGGGCACCAAUUACCACUACCACAGCUGGAGAGUGUUUGUCAUCAUCUGUGCGCUGCCCUGCACCGUGUCCCUGGUGGCUCUGAAGUUCAUGCCGGAGAGCCCGAGGUUCCUGCUGGAGAUGGGCAAACAUGAUGAAGCCUGGAUGAUUCUCAAGCGUGUCCACGACACCAACAUGAGGGCAAAGGGGACCCCCGAGAAGGUGUUCACGGUUUCCCACAUCAAAACUCCCAAGCAAAUGGAUGAAUUCAUUGAGAUCCAAAGUUCAACAGGAACUUGGUACCAGCGCUGGCUGGUCAGGUUCAGCACCACUUUCAAGCAGGUCUGGGAUAAUGCCCUCUACUGUGUGAUGGGGCCCUACAGGAUGAACACGCUGAUUCUGGCUGUGGUCUGGUUCACCAUGGCUUUAAGCUACUACGGACUGACAGUUUGGUUCCCUGAUAUGAUCCGGUAUUUUCAAGACGAAGCCUACAAGUCCAAAAUGAAGGUGUUUCUUGGUGAGCACGUGUAUGGCGCCUCCAUCAACUUCACGAUGGAGAAUCAGAUUCACCAACGUGGGAAACUUGUGAAUGACAAGUUCACAAAGAUGUACUUUAAACAUGUACUCUUCGAGGACACGUUCUUUGACGAGUGCUAUUUUGAAGAUGUUACAUCUACCGAUACCUAUUUCAAAAACUGCACCAUUGAAUCGACUGUCUUCUACAACACAGACCUCUACAAGCAUAAGUUUAUCAACUGCCGGUUUAUCAAUACGACCUUUCUGGCGCCGAAGGAGGGCUGCCACAUGGACUUUGAGCAGGAUAAUGACUUCCUGAUUUACCUCGUCAGCUUCCUUGGCAGUCUGUCUGUCCUCCCUGGCAACAUCAUUUCUGCCCUGCUCAUGGAUAGAGUUGGAAGGCUCAAGAUGAUCGGUGGCUCUAUGCUGAUCUCAGCAGUCUGCUGCUUCUUCCUGUUUUUUGGCAACAGCGAGUCUGCGAUGAUUGGUUGGCAGUGCCUGUUCUGUGGGACCAGCAUUGCCGCCUGGAAUGCUCUGGAUGUGAUCACGGUGGAGCUGUAUCCCACCAACCAGAGGGCAACAGCCUUUGGCAUCCUUAAUGGAUUAUGCAAAUUUGGUGCCAUCCUGGGAAACACCAUAUUUUCUUCUUUUGUUGGGAUAACCAAAGUGGUCCCCAUUCUUCUGGCUGCUGCGUCUCUUGUUGGGGGUGGCCUGAUUGCUCUUCGGCUGCCAGAGACCCGAGAACAGGUCCUGAUGUGAACAACCUCUGGGUAAAGAAGAUGUUGGAAGACCCUUAUCCAGGAACCUUGAAUGCACCCAUGCUUCCUGUCUAUCACUGUCCAGAGGACACUGUCCAGAGGACACAGGAGGAGAAGUUGAUUUUGUGACUCCUAGUUUAGGACCCAUCAAUAUGUUUGUAACUCAGGUGACUGAUUUGGGGGUGUCCUGAAUCACCUUCAGAAUCCCAGAGCUGUGUUCUUGGCUUUGGGUCUCCCCAGCCCAAAGCAGGGGAAGAAGGAUCACAACUUCUAGUGGGUGCACAUGCUGAGCAAGGAGUGUGUAUUCCCCCUACCGAGGUGAAAGGACUUAUUUGCAUUUCAAAAUGAGUUUGAGGGUGAGAAACAUUUAAGUUCCUCCUCCAUAAAGUUCCUCAGAGCCUGAUGACCUAACAAACUGACUUACCAGGAAGUUAGAGUCAUAAAUAUUGGGCUUGAACUACAGGAUACUUAUAUUUUUGCAUUUAAAGGUAUCACCGAGCCCAUGUUCCAUUUGAAAAUUGGCACAAUAGCAUUGAAGAUACUCUAAUAUAGAAAACCAAAUAUUUGAGCAAUAUCUAUAGAAAUCUGCUCUGCCCUCAACCAAGUGUCCUAAGUUUUCCAUGACGAUUAGGUGGUAAAUUUAAGGAUAAUAUUUAUUCCUGUUUUGAUCUAUUCAAAGAAACAUAAUGUGAUAGGUAUUCUGUAAACUAACUUUGUACAUAACUAUAUCUGGGUUUAAUUUGCAGAAAUGGUACCUGCAAAUAUUUGCCAGUGUUUUAGCCAUAUUUUGGGAGGAGCUGCUAUUUGGGGUCCCAGGAAAUUGGGUCUGAUUGAAUGAAAUGCAAGCACAAUAUCUUAUAGCCAUUUAACUUGCUGUCAGGAGGAUGCACUUUGCAAACUCACGUUGUACAGUUCAUUUAACCCAGGCACUUUUCUUUGCAUAGGUGGAGUAGUUACUUUUCUCUCUUACACAGAUCACUUGUGAAUCAAGCUCACCACCGUGGGUACCAGCAUUAGAUGUUGCUGCUCCCCCAGAAACAACAGAAGGAUUCCGGGUCUCUGGGGUUCUCUUUAUAGGCAAGAAUAAAACACAGUGGACAAGAUGAGUGAUUGAGGAAGGGAUGGGGAAGUGUAGUCACAGUUCUCCAAAGUGUAUAUUCUUUCUAUUUCUUUUAGCUGUAAAACAUGAUCUGUAUUUGUUAUCCUGGUCAGUUCCCAUGAGAAGUCUAUGCUAUGUGUCUUGGUUCAGGACCUUUGAAAACAGAUGUCAUUGGCAUGGGAAUCAGGGCAUGCAGUGGAUGUCAAGUAUGUUUCUCUUCAGUGCUCCAAGUAAAUUCUUUUCUGAGAUGUUUGGAACAUGAGUGGGGGUGGGGUGCUGUGGGGUAGGGAACCCAGGAAAAGUGCUUCGGGAAGGGUCAGCAACAGGCUGAAGUCUUGACAACACAGAAAAGGAAGGAUUCAUGCACUGGAACGAUCUAGAAUGGGACAGUGGGCUAUGAGCUCUUGUCCCUGAAGGUGGACUGGCUGAGGCCAAGUGAGCAUCAGUUUGUAAGAACUCAUGCUUCAAGCUGGUUUGCAGUGUUCUCAGUGCUGUCAAGUGCCACACAUUCCCUACCAGACAUCUCCAAAAACUGAAGCGAGAUAAUGAUGACUCCAUGGAGUAUUUUCUCGGCCUUGGGGAAACACUUUGGUCCCAGGACAGCUUCAGGCCCUCUUGUGGUUGUUUUCUGGAGUAACGGGUAUACAGGAGGAAAGAGUAAAUAUUACACCUUUCCACCUUGGAUCUGAGAUCAGUUGUAAUGGUUAAAAUGUUGACUUUGCUUCUCUUGUCUCCUACCUCUUUAUUCACUCUUUUUUUCUUUACAGGGAAGGAAGACAUGUCAACUCUGAUUUGACACCCUGAUCCCCGUAGAUAUAUAAAUAUACUAUUGUGUAUUAACGUUUCUCUCAGUGUUUUCUAGGAGUUACCUAACAUAAAGGCUGCAUCAAUAAUGAGAAGCCCAAUGUAACAUAGCUGUAACAGACUUUCCGUAUUCUGGCCAUAUGAAAUACAGUGGCUCGGUUCGUUCAAGGAAAGUGUGGAAACAGAGACGGCCGCAUCCCUUGUAACGUUAUUUUUCAAUGGGAUGAUACCAUUUAAUGAGCAGCUACCAUGGAAGAAAUUUACAAAGCAGUUAGAGUGUGAAGAGGAAUCUUGUAAAUCUCAUGUCCGAUUAAUUUUUGAGUGUUGAGGUGGCUGCCAUAAUUCGGGGGUGGAUUCCAUUUGGUUUUCAAGCUCUAACUUCUGCGUGACCUUUAUGGCUCCUUAAACCAACCACCUAACCAACCAAGGGCAGUUCCGGUCUCAUCCAUCAUAUCAGCCUUUGUAAAGGGUGCAGCCAGACUCUGCAGCCUUUCCCCGUCCGUGAAGGAUUGCCUGACGCUGGUAUACCUGGCCACUUCUUAAAUGCUGUCAUGCCUGCUGAGAUCAAUGUUUCUUUAAAAAUAGUCUCCGUGGCAAGUCCUUGGGGAUAACGUACAGCAUUCCUGGCCAGCCACUUCUUUUUCAUUUCAUGUUCUACCCUGAGAGACUCCCAAUGGCAUCCUUGUGGCGUGAAAGGUUGAGGUUCUCCUUCGUGAGGCAAUGCUAUUCACAGUUCAUGAUGUAUUUUAUGAUGCCCAUUUGGGGACCCGUUACUUUUAACAGGCUCAACUGUGUUGUGUCAUCUCUUGAUGCUAAUUUCUGACCUUCUGUUUUAUUGGACAUAAUUAGUGAAAGCGGUGUGCCUGUUUGUGAAGUUUAUAGCACAUGCACCUGAGGUCAUGUGACAAAUAACCACAUUCCCGGGGUCCCCCUGCUACCUUGUAUUAGCUCAGUAAAAAUAAUAAUAAAAAUAAUUAUAAACAAACCUUUAAGAACUGAGGCUAGAGGUUAUUUCCAGACGCUAAGGUGUCUUCUGGAUUCCUAAGUGGAUUGGAUCAGUUGGGGUUGACAUGUAGAAAACCAUUUCUUUCACCUUAUUUUGCACACGGGGACCUUGAGAGAGCAAAUGAUGAUAUGACCGAGGAGAUGCGUAACACUGGGAGCGGAUUACAAGGCCUGCAGUGAUGCUCUCUCUAUAAUUCUGGAGUAAACUCUCAGUCCGUGAUCUCCUAACUGCAGGACCUCCCAUUGAGUCUCUGAGGGAUGGGAUGAAGAGACAAACAUUUAUCCUCCAUUCCCAGAGGCCAUUCAUAGACAACUCACUUGAUUGUCUCACCUGGAAUAAGUGGAAGGAUCAUCGUAUGAAAAGAUUGGUAUUUAUUCAUCUAGUCACUGAUUCAUUCAUGUAUUCAAUAAAUCCUUACGGAGCCCAUAUUGUGGGCCAGGCUCCAUGCUAAGGCUGGGAUCCACUGGUGGAAACCCUGGUCACAGUCCUGCCUCCUGCUUCCUUCUACUUACGGCAAGUGGGCAGGAUGGUUAUUAAGUUGGCAAUAAAAACAGUGUGCGACGAUCUUAUCAUCAGUAAAAUAUACCUUCUGCUUGUAAGAAGGUUCUCAUUUCCCUACCAGCCAACUGUGGAUUUCUGAAUCUCAUUGUUUUCUUUCUUGUUUCUCUUUUCCUCCAAGAGUAUAGUCAUUUCUUAUCUUCAUAAACCAGGUAAAGGAAAAGACACCUGAACUCGUUUUCUCCAGAAAGUACUCAGUUUUUACUUCACUGACUUUGCAGAGGGUUGUACGUGGAAGAAGGGCUGAGGGCCUGGAAUGCAAGCAGGGCAUUGAGUAGUGAGCAAGGCUCCCCACAGUCCCAGGAAAGGGGUGUCCACUUUCACGGUUGGCUCAUCUAGGGGGCAUCUGAACCAACACUGACCCAAUCUUUGGUGUUUGGUUGGGAUUAGGUUGGAUAACGUAUGGCUGAAAACCUCAACCAGCAGGUUUACAGUACAUUCAUAAUAAGUUCAAGUUUUAUUUCUCUCCCAUAUUAAGGAAAUCUGGAGGAAAGAAAGCCAUAGCUAGUACGGCUGCUUUGUGAUUGGAUUCUUGGGAACAGACUCCUGCCUUUAGGCUUCCUCAAUUUUUAGUGCACUUUUUCCAUGAGGCUGCCUCAGGGACCGGGAUGGCAAUUUUCCUGCUGGUCCUCAUAUCCACAGUUCAGGCAGGAAGCAAAAGAAAGGACAAAGGGCAAAGGGGUGGCACCUCCCAGCUAAGCCCUCUUCCCUUGAAACUGUCCUCUUAGACCUUCCUUCUAGUUCCUGCCAUAUGUAUAUCAUCGACCUUAAAUGACUGGAAAAUAUGUCAUUAACCUGGGAAUGUUACCAUCCUUCCUCCAAAUCGAGGAUCCUAGCGUUAAGGGAGGAGGAGAGAAACGAUAGGGUGGCUGAUGCUUCUUGAAUUUUAGUGUCUGUCAGAAUCACCUGGAGCGGCAUUCAGACUCACACUGCUGGGCUCCACCCCAGCUGGGGUGAGAACAGAGAACACGCGUUUCUAACAACUCCCCGGUGAGGUGGACGGUGUCCGUCCUUGGGCCAUAUUUUGAGCAGCAUUGACAGCCUGCCAAUUUGAUUUGUUGGGGGAAGCUCUAUUACCCUGAUCACUUAAAUCCAGCCCAAACAGAAACUCACAAAAGCUAGCAGCUCAUGAAAAAUGAUCGCCAUCUUCCUAAAGUUCAGAGACAGUCAACUAGUGGCAGUGCAUCAGUAACUGAAGAACAUCAAUAAAACUACCCCCUUCCUUAGAAACUGCUUGGUUUCACUCAGGCCUUGAACUGACAGGCCCAUGUCUCUUUGUAGGCCUCUAAUAAUUCCCUAGGGUCACCAGAGGGUGGACAUAGUUUCACCUGGGGCUGAUGAGCUGUUUUUCCUGUUUGCAUGAUGUAAUGAUUUUUACAGAUGUAAAUAUAUUUGUGGCAUAUUAUAAUCCAUUAGACCUUAUAUUGGUUCUCUUUGCUACUCAAAGCUUUCUCCAAUCUAGAGGUGCACGGGAAGUAAUAAAGACAUACACCUAGGUGUGACCCUGACCUGCUGAUGAUCAAUCUGAACUUGGUUUGGAAAUGUUUCUUGAAAAAGGUGAAGAGAUUUCUCUUUUAAGUAAGAGAAAGGCAGAGCGGGAUAAAUUUCUUUACUUAGACCUCAUUCAACAUGUAUUUACAGUAUGGGUCCCAUGGGUCUUAUGGUCACAGGUCUCUAUCUUUAAGUGGUCCCCUCUUCCUUGACCCCAUCCAAUGCUUUG